CUGAAGAUAAGGAUAAAUAUUUUCAGGAUAUUCUCGUUACUUUAUGAUGUAUGAAGUCUAUAGUUUUAAGAUAUCCAACAAAGUCUCGUUGGUAUAAUAAUUUUUAUUAGAAAAUUUUUACAUAAAUUUGUUAAUUUAGCGCAUUCCGCAACCAAAAAUGAUCAUGUUGUAUGGUAUAAUUUACACAAUAAGAAUCAAGAAAUAAGGUCUAGUUUUGUGAUUAUUUUUAGCACUAUUUCCGUGCGAAAUAUUUUAUUGAAUAAUAUUUACUACUGAGAUUGAAUGAGAGUCCUAUUAAUUUUAAUCUGAAAAUUAUUAUUUAAGGGGUAAUCACCAGUAAAAUUAUAUUGGACACGAUAAUUUAUUGAUUCCAAAUUAUUUUCAAUCGGAAUACAAAUGUCUCCGAUUGCAAUUAAAUCGGUCAUAUACCGCAUAGUUUUCCUGAAGAGAGUUGAAAUCAUGGUUAAAAUAUACUGAAUGUAUACCUAUAGGUUGCUAAUAAUAUAUAUACAUAGAUCUGCGAACACGUAUGUCAUCCAAUCUCAUCUCUCAACUUGACCCCGGGGCAAAACGUAGCCAUUAUUUCUUUAGGGGAGUUGAAACAUCAAAAACAGCCGGUCAAGUCUACUUCAAAAUUCUAGCAACCUGUUUUCAAUAAUGUCGGGGAAAAAAGCAAUGGUACUGUUGGCCGAUGGAUCUGAGGAAAUGGAAGCUGUAAUUACAGCAGAUAUUUUGCGACGUGCCAAGAUCGCAGUUACACUUACCAGCAUUACUGGUAAUGAAAUUAUCAAAUGUUCUAGAGAUAUUAAAAUCUCUGCUGAUGCAAAACUUCUUGAUGCUAUUCAGAAUCAAAAGUAUGAUGCUGUUAUAUUACCUGGAGGAAUGCCUGGCUCUAAAACUUUUGCUUCUUCCGAGAAAGUUGGGAAGCUGCUGAAGCAACAGGAAGCUGAAGAUCGAUUGAUUGCUGCAAUUUGUGCUGCUCCUACUGCUUUGAAAGCACAUGGAAUUGCCAAAGGAAAAAAAAUUACGUCUUAUCCUUUAAUGAAAGACCAAUUAACUGACGACUAUACUUACAUUGAAGAUAAAGUUGUGGUUGACGGUAAUCUGAUAACCAGCAGAGGUCCUGCAACAGCUUUUGCGUUUGGCCUGGCAAUUGUUGAAAAGCUGCUGAACAAAGAAGUAGCUCUAUCGGUAGCUGAAGGUUUGUUGUAUGACGAUUACAAUUAAAGUGAACAUAAUGGAAAGGAUUAAUUACAUUAUGCUAUUUGUAUAUCGUAUAUUACAUCUCUAAAAACAUAACUAUGGAAAUAAGAAAUUGUGAUAAUAUAAGGAUCAGCACCAAAUAAAUUUCAAUAUCAAAGUAAUGCAAAAGAUUCAAUAAUCGCAUUUGGAAGUAACUUCUUUUACAUUAAAGUAAUAUACUCAUGAGAUCAACAAUACUCCAUUUAUGACUUUAUUUAGGUAUUAAAAUAAAUUGGCAAAAGAAAUGUA